AUGCAGUUUUCUCCUGGCUGCCCUUUGGGAUGCCCUACUUAUGUCAUGGAUUCUUGUCAAGCUGGCUUCGCUGGCACGGGCUUCCCUCAGGUUGCCUUCGCUGGCGGCAUGGGCAUGGGCAGCUGUGCCAUUGGCAGCUGCGGCUGUGGCUCUGGUGAUCAGACGCUAGAGCCACCUUUGAUGCUCUUCAACUGGGGGCACCAGCAAGUGUUACCGAGACCGAAGGCGAUGGCUAAGGCGAAAGCAGAUGCCCAGUGCUAUUUGGUUGAAUCAUCGGAUAGCGAGGAGUCAAUUGUGACGGAGGCGAUGUCGGAGCCGGAAUGGACUUCACUCAUUCCGGAAGACAAGAAGAAGAUUGUGGGAGCGAAAGCCAAGUCGAUGUGCAAACGGAAGUUUCAAGGGGAACCUGGACCUGGAUCUUACAACAUCACCAUCAAGACCAACCUGAAGAGCCCUCACAGAUCUCGCAUGACCAAGAUUGCCCCGACUUCCACGGUGAGGCCAUCGACGAAGAGUCGGAGUCAGCCUCAGACUACUUGGUGGAAUUACAACCAUGUGAAGAACCAGGAGGACGACACGCCUUGGUGGAAUUACAACCAUGUGAAGAACCAGGACGAGGACGACACGCCUUGGUGGAAUUACAACCAUGUGAAGAACCAGGACGACGACAAGACCUGGUGGAAUUACAACCAUGGGAAGAACCAGGACGACGACAAGACCUGUUGGAAUUACAACCAUGGGAAGAACCAGGACGACAAGACCUGGUGGAAUGACAACCAUAUGAAGAACCAGGACGACGAGACCUGGUGGAAUGACAACCAUGUGAAGAACCAGGACGACGACAAGCCUUGGUGGAAUUACAACCAUGGGAAGAACCAGGACGAUGAGACCUGGUGGAAUGACAACCAUGUGAAGAGCCAGGAACGUUUGAAUGACGAAGACGUGCACAUGGAAGAUGUCUUCAGCUGA